GCUGUCUGUUGUAAUCACUUUUUUCAGUUCUAAUUCCCAUUGUAAUUGGUUUGUUAUGAAUUUGCUGCUAUAACCUUACCAUAAUCGACAUUAUAAUGUUAAAGGGUGUAAAGCAUGUAAUUUUGGUGUUAUCUGGUAAAGGUGGAGUCGGAAAAUCCACUGUUAGUGUUCAACUUGCUUUAUCUUUAAAAGAAUUUGGUUAUAAGGUUGGAAUACUAGAUGUGGAUUUAUGUGGCCCCAGUAUUCCCUAUCUUCUUGGCUUGGAGAACCAAGAAGUUCAUCAGUGCAGUGAAGGAUGGGUGCCAGUAUAUUUAGAUUCUGACCAAAAACUUGCAGUUAUGUCUAUUGGAUUUUUACUAAAGUCUAGAAAUGAUAGUGUAGUAUGGCGUGGACCAAAGAAAACAGGAAUGAUCAGGCAGUUCUUAAAUGAUGUGUACUGGCAAGAUAUCGAUUACCUUGUUAUUGAUACUCCUCCUGGCACAUCAGACGAACACAUUACUGUCAUGGAAAAUCUAAGGAAUUACGGCUGUGAAGGAGCCAUUCUUGUUACAACCCCACAAGCAGUAGCUAUAGAGGAUGUCAGGAAAGAGUUAACCUUCUGCCGGAAGACAGGCAUUCCUGUUCUCGGUGUGUUGGAAAAUAUGAGUGGAUUUGUUUGCCCGCAUUGUUCAGUAAGUAUUAAUUUUUUUAUCA